AUGAAGUUUGGCAAGCAGAUUCAAGCUGAGCAGGUCCCCGGAUGGUCUGCGUACUACUUGGACUAUAAGUCCCUGAAGAAGAUCAUAUCUUCUCUUGCAGCCAACCGCCCCGCGUCCGAGGCAGCAGCGUUAGCUCAAGGCAUUCGUCCCGGAGACAUCUUUACUUCUAGGACGCCUAGUUCUCAGAGCCCCGCAGUAGUCACGGGAGAUGUCUCGGAGGAUCCUUCUAUUCUAGCUGCGUUGGGGCAAGACGACGAUCGAGGACCAGGUUUCCAAGCCCACAAGGCCGCCUUCUUCUUUAAACUUGAACGCGAGCUAGAGAAGAUCAAUGCCUUCUACUUGGAGAAGGAGGCCGAACUCAAGCUGCGACUUGAAACGUUACUGUCCAAGCGGAGAGCUGCGGCGAUGCGUGUACUCCCCGACUCUGUCGACGACGCCACAAAGAAUCACGUCGAGUGGAGUGCUGUCGAGGAGGGCUUCCGCCUUCUGGAGCGGGAUCUGGGGAAAUUGCAGCAAUUCAUUGAGAUCAAUGCGACGGGUUUCCGGAAGAUCCUCAAGAAAUGGGAUAAGCGCUCCAAGUCGACAACGAAAGAGCUCUAUCUCUCUCGACAGAUUGAAGUCCAACCAGUCUUUAAUAGACAGCUCAUCUCCGAAUUGUCUGACACAGUUGCGGCAUGUCUCCUUGAUCUGACAGAUUUAUCCAUUGGUCUGAAGCACGAGGGGUCGCAUGCGGACGACGUUCUUCUUAGUAAACAACUGGGGAUUGACAGGAGCGUCCAGAUGGGUCCAUUCCAUGACCUUGAGAGUAAUCUCAGGAAAGCAAUCACUGAAGAGGAUAGGGCAGCUGUACAGGACAUUGUCCGGUACUCUGACUCGCUCGGGCAACUUGGAGAGGCUAAAAUGCACGUCACUCGCAUUCUAUGGAAAGCGGUCAUCGACGCACCUCCUGAACUGGCAGACCUUAUAUUGGCCUCUACUGCUAAUCCGUUCGAUUACACCUUCGUUGACGAUAUCAAUGGCCGAACUUGUCUACACGAGGCAGCUAUAGUGGGCGCUCCUCGUUUGGUUGAUCUUUGCUUGGCAAGUGGGGUACAGCGGAAUAAGAUCGAUGUAUAUGGUCGCUCUGCACUGCAUUAUGCUGCCAUGAAUGGGCGCUCCGCAAUUUGUCGAAGACUCAUCGAGGUCGGACUACCCCCGGACGUCGUCGACAUGGACAACUGCACGCCUCUUGUCUACGCCGUUUUGAAGGGCUCCGUGGAUUGCGUCCGCGUAUUACUCGAGGAAGGGAAGGUCUCGGUACAGGAAGGACAAGUGAGCAGUAAUCUUAUGCCACUAUCCCUGGCAGCGCACGCCGGACACCUCGAUGUUGUCAUACUUUUACUCCAACAUGGUGCACCGAGCAUCGCAAACACGAAUGGAGAAUAUCCCAUCCAUCUUGCCGCCCAAGAAGGUCACGCAGAUAUCUGCCGAUUACUUGCGCUCCAAGAAGGUUGGGAUAUUUCUGACAAGUACAACGAAUGGACUCCUCUAUUUCACGCGGCUCGUUUUGGCCGGGAAGCCGCUCUUCAGGUGCUGCUGGAAAUCGGCAGUCGCGUACAUUUGACCGAUGAGGUUGGGAAUUCGGCUGUUUAUUAUGCCGCUUGGUACGGUCAUCGAACGUGUGUCACACUCUUACUGGAAGCUUCAGCCAAAAUGUCUCCAAGAAGGCUUCCGCUCGCCCACAAGUCUCCUCUGACCGACACUCAAAGAUCCACGGGGACUGAAUCAGAUGUAGACAUCAUCCCUUCGUUGUAUCUGCCUCCUCCCAUGAUGCCCUAUCGAGUCUACGGUCACAACUAUCUGGACAAAACAUCGUUGAUUCAAGUCUCUAUCGGACAUCUAUCCUCACAAUAUGGAGAAUCCUCUGGAGACAUCUCUUCGGCUAUCCGUCUGCGUCAUCCUCUUGCAGAUUCACAAUUCGACGAUCGGUACCUCCACUCAUCGCCGCUGUUGAAAUUGGUAAUGACUGCCACACCAGUUGUAACAUCUGCGCCGUAUAGCGUCGCGUUGCCAAUACGAGAGACCAGGAUUGUCUUCACGUUCCAAGUUCCUUCGGUUGAUUCGCUCGCAUUGGAGUUCUCACUGUAUCCGAACUUCGGCACCAAAACUAUCGGUCGCGCGACUGCUCUUCCAGAUAUGUUCCAGAAUAUACAGAACAACCAACAGUUCGUUUUACCCAUUUUAGACUCUCGCCUUCACGUCAUCGGAGAGAUUUCAUUUGAGGUAAACAUCAUCACUCCGUUCAGCGGGGUCACAUUAGAAAUUGGCGGCUCCGUAGAGACUUACUGGAAGUCACUGUCUAUGCCUGUUCCAGCGCCUACGUCUAGGGUACUGUCGUCGCGGCAUACCCAACCAGGGCGACCAAUAAACUCUGCCCAUACAUCGCCGUCAAAUCCGUCUGUCGCUGUAUUGGGGGGGCAUUCGUUAACCCAUUCAUCCCUUAACGGCUACUACGUAUACGUUACUGUACAAGUUACACGAGACUUCUGCCCAGUGGUUUUCGCUGAUUGGCUGCUGCCUGAACCCGGAUACGAAUUGGGCGUCGCGGACGUGACUUUGGCACAGUUUCAAACAUUGUCGCAGGGCCUGGGGAGAGAAUUGCAUUCCUUGGAGGACAUUUCACUUUCGGCUGCUGGAUGGCACAGUCUGGCAAGCAAUUCAAUGGUCUCUCUGGCAGAUCUGGUAAAGAUCAUUCCCUCAUCCAUCGGUAUUUGUCUUGAGGUUGCUUAUCCCUCGGCGCGGGUCAGAGAUCGCCUCCAUCUACGCCACCAGCUGGAGUUGAAUGAUGUUGUGAACGCUGUGUUGCGGACCAUUUACGAUACAUCAACAACACUCGAGGGACGAGCAUCCCGCAGCCCUGUGGUCUUUACUUCCUUCGCGCCGGACGUAUGCGCGGCUCUCAACUGGAAGCAGCCCAAUUAUCCCGUAUUCCUCGCAUCGGAAUGUGGUGAGCGAAGCAAUGCACCACCAAGUGCCGCUGCGCUCAGCUUGGACGAUUCGCAUGACUAUCGGCUUUCGAGUCUUGACUCUGCUGUCGACUUCUCGAAGUUGAACAAUCUGCUUGGUGUUCUAUUAGAUGCAAAACUGCUAGCUCAGGUCCCUUCUGUGAUCCAAGGAGUGAAAGACUUCGGGCUACUGGUCGCAGCCUUCGGGACUCCAGACGAUCUGGCAAGGCUGCCUAUGUCUUCCGGAGCAGACUCUAACAGGAUAGACGCAUCUCUGCAAGACGGACUGUUGAUGUACAUUGACCAUUAUAAACGCAGUUAG